AUGGAGAAUCUGUUUGAUUCCGUCUACAACUACGACACCAAUCUCAAGACAUGGGUCGCCAAAGACGCUGGCGCUUCACGCAUUUGGAUUUUUCACAAUCAGACCACCAGUGCCUACCGCGUCAUCGGCCAGUCAGUCGCCGACAAGCAGUACAACGUCAAUUCGCCCAUCAAGGGAGAUUUGGUGCACAAGAAAUUGAGGGACAACUUUGUGCAGUGGCGCUUCCGUCAGACGAUCUUCGGCUUGAGCUUCAUCUCGACGGAAGAUGCCGACAAGUUUGUUUCCAUGCUUGCCCAAUUGGUUCAGAUGAUUGCCGCUACGCAACCAGCCGAACCUGAAAUGAGCUCGGAUGCGACACUGCGGGUGAGGGCGAUCACCUCCGACAUCACCGCACCCGGCAAAGCCACUAUGUCGCGUACCGCUCACUCUGCCACAAUGGGCUCUUCCACCAUGCGUCCGCCAGCGCCCUUGAGCAGCGGCGGCGGCGGCGAGAGCUCGGAGAGUGCGCCAGCAGACAGCACCGGCGACGGUGCUGGGGUGUCGCGAAGGGACAUCAGGUCGAUGGACAUGAGCGGCAUGAAUGUCAACAGCGCUCUGAACCAGCAGCGCAGCGGCUCAGCCAUCAUCGCCCCGCACUCUAGCGGUGGCCUUUCCUUAUCGUCGGGCCAGACUAAGUCGCCUCUCUCAGGCGGCGACACCCGCAAGACGCAGAGCAUGUACGGUGUGGCGCCGGUCUUGCCGGGAUCCUUCAGUUCGCAGACCGCUUCCCACAUGGGCACCAUCCGGUCGCCCCUCUCCGGCGGUGGCAGUGGCAUCGUCGCCCCCUCCUCGAGCGGAGGAGUCAAGCUGCCGGAGCAGGACCUUUCGGGCGCGCUCUUUGUGAAGGAGAACAAGGACCUGGGUAUCAGGGACUAUCGUGCCAAGGAGAUCUACACCACCGAAGAAUCAUACCUGGCCAGUCUUGACAUUGUGCUCAAGGACUACCUCCUGCCCGCGAAAACCAAGGGAGUGUUCAACGACAAGGAGAUCCGCACCAUCUUCUCCAACAUCGAGCAGAUUCGCGAUCUCUCCCGAGAGCUCUUCACCGCCAUCCGACAGCAAAUGCUCAAUUGGACGGACCAGUGCAUGGUCGGCGACAUCUUCACCCGAAACAUGCCGUUCAUGAAGAUCUACAUUCCCUAUUGCAGGGAUCACAAAGCUGCCAACGAACUCAUUGAAAACAAGAAGGAGAACAAGAAGAUGGUCAUGUUCCUCAAGGAAUGUCAAGUAGCCUCCGGGUCUGCGCUCGACAUCAACGCUCUGCUCAUCACGCCGGUCCAAAGGGUUCUGCGCUAUCCGCUGCUCCUGAAGGCCCUCGUCGAAGUGACCGACCCAAGCCACCCCGACUACUCCCAUCUCCAAACCGCUGUCGAAGGUAUCCAAAAGAUUGCGGACGAGAUCAAUCAGUCGGUGGAGGUGUCAGAGAGCACAAAGGCCGUGCACGAGUUGGCCAAACAAAUCCCCAACAUCCACAAAAUGAUAAGCACCAACCGACAGCUGAUCAAGCACGGGCCGGUGUCGGUGACGAGUCCCAACAAAUCACAGUAUACCUACCUGCUGCUCUUUUCCGACGUGGCCGUCUUCGCCAGUCCGUCGCCAAAGUCGGCCAAGAAGCUCGACAUGAAGGAAAUCGUGCAGCUCGAGCAGGUGUGGGUGGACGCGAUGAAGGACACUUCGAGCGCGGAGCUCAUGUGGCAACUCAACGCGCCGGGCAACACCUUCCUCGUUGCGUCGGCCAACAGGGAGGACAAGACCCUGUGGGUGGACAGAUGUCACCAGCGGAUCGUGGCCACCUGCCAGAAGAACCGAGUCAUGGAAGGCGAGCGACGCAAGUUCCAGUUCGAAUUCAAGGAUGGCGCCAUCUAUGAUGGUACCUGGAUUGAUGCCAAAUUCGACGGCAUGGGCAAGCAGUGCUUCGCGGACAAGGGUGUCUACGAGGGCGAGUGGGAGCGAGGCAAGUUCCAUGGGCAGGGAAAGAUGGUGUGGGCCACCGGCGAGUCGUUCGAGGGCCAGUGGGUCAAGGACAAGUUCCACGGCACGGGCAAGCUCACGACUCUUCUGUGCACCUACACCGGAGGUUGGGAAAUGGGCCGGAGGCACGGCGCUGGAACGAUAACCUGGACCAACGGAGAUAGCUUUGAGGGCACUUUUGUCAACGAUCUCCGAGACGGCAUGGGAGUGAUGAAGUACUCGGACGGCAAUUCCUACGAAGGCGAGUGGAAGGACGACAAGUAUCACGGCCGCGGCAAACUGGUCACUCUCUUUUCUGGAACCUACGAUGGUGAAUGGAGCAUGGGUCGGAAGAACGGCCAGGGAAAGAUGACGUACACGAACGGGGAUGUCUACACCGGCGGCUGGGUGAACGACUUCCGGGAGGGCAAGGGCCAGUUCACGUCGCUGGACAAGAAGGUCAAGUACGACGGCGAUUGGAAGGACGACGUGAUGGAGGGAACUGGAGUGUACAUCAAGCCCGGGUUCAAAUACGAGGGCGAACUCAGAGGCGGUCGACUUUACGGUCAAGGCACGCUGGACACGGCUGAGGGCACCUACAUUGGCCAGUGGGCCGAGGACCGAAAGGAGGGCAAGGGCGAGUGGGACGGCGACAACGGAGAGACCUACGAUGGCGAGUGGCAUUCCGAUCUGCGGUUUGGCAAGGGUACGUGGAUCGACACGGAUGGCGCGCGCUACGACGGCAAGUGGGUCAAGGGUCGCAAGGAGGGUUCGGGCGUCAUGACCUACGCCAACGGUUCCAAGUACUCGGGCAACUGGCAGAGGGACAGGAGACACGGCAAGGGUGUGUUCACCACCCCCGACGAGAGCACCAAGUACGUGGGCGACUGGGUCAACGACGUGCGCGAGGGCAAGGGCAUCCUCACCGAUGCCACCGGCGUCUACAACGGCGACUGGGUCAACGACAUGCGUAACGGGCAGGGAACGUUCACGUACACGAACGGCAUGACCUACACUGGUGAGUGGAAGGAUGACCGGAGACACGGCGAGGGAGUGCUCAAGUUGGCCGAGGCCAAGAACGAGAAGGACGGGAUCAUCAGGGUCAUCUACGAGCAAGGCCUCCUCAUCGAGCCGCCCUUCUCGCAGUGCCCGCCGGACGUCACCCUGCCGAGGGUGGUGGUCCAGAAGUGA